CUACUGUGUACUUGACAAGUUAUGGAUGCACGUUGGAUUCCUUCCCCAGCACCCAAAGCUGCCAGUGAUCAAACAGUGACCAAAGGGGGCCGAAGUUCCAGUGGCAGAAACUACGAGGUAUCCGUCAUAUAGCGUAGGUUCGCUCGCUGUUGUUGGCCGUCUCGAGUCGCCCCUCCAAAAGGACGGGCCUUUGGGCGCAUCGAAUUUGAUAAAAUCGCAGUGCCUCAGCACAUCCGAUCCCUCACCUAAAUCCCCGAUCCUGUCACUCUUUUCCAUGCCAACUUUUGCAUCGCACCGUCGAUCAGGUUUCCGUUCAAUUUGCCAUCCAGACCGUAUGCUAUUCAGCUGAAUUACCGAUCGAUUUCUUGUGAUCGAAAAUUUGGGAUCGCGAUCCCAAAAGCUCAAUUUCCGAUCCAUCGACAACCCGGAUUUCCAUCAAUUUUCAUCGAUAUGCUCCCAUGGUUUCUGUCAAAGCUGAUGCCCAGCUGAUCCACAAACGGUCCAAGCUCGGGUUACAGACGCCGGAGGGUGCGAACGCAUUUGUGGUUGCUGAUGUUGAUGCUGCUGCUGAUGCACCGCAUACAACCGAUGCCUACGCGCCACCUUCCAUGUCCUUUGAUCAAAUCAAGGCGGCUGAGAUGAUACAGAGGAUUCACAAUGAUGCGAGACAACUGCUGCAAAAUAUCCAGGGCCUCGUCGAUGGCUCCUGUUCGAAGACCGGCUGCGAAUGCGGCAGCGACCUUCCCGAGGAGAUGACAAGCAGCUCCAGGAUACUUGCUGCGCAGAGUCUAUCGGAAGUCAUCGCCGGCAACCUGGAUGAACUGGCGCUCUUGUCCUACCGAAGCGCCACGGAUGCAGAGCGAGAACCAAAUCUGCGCGUGAGCCCAAAAACGACGAGGAAAAGGCGCUAUUCCAACGUGGCGGCGUUUGAUCGCACUUCAAAAGUCAAGCGCGUGGUCAACGAGGAUCCCAGCUGCCACAUGUGCCAGGUUACGAGCACGCCGCAAUGGAGGGACGGACCCGACGGCCGAUGGACGCUCUGUAACGUUUGUGGACUGUUAUAUGCGCAUCGGCUGCGCAAAGCCAGCCCGAGUAAACCAGGCAUGAUGUCUCCUAGGUCCCCAAAAGCAUGCGAAGCGGCUGAGUAAAUGGCGGUGAAAGGAUUCAUCGCGGAGGCAAAAGUCAUUGCGGCGAAAAGACCAACCGUAUUCUGCAUUUCAGUGAGGCGUUCUUGGAGUACACGCAGGGCGCCAGCGAUGGGUGAAUCUUUCAGCAGUCUUUUCUUCCUACCUUAACUAUACGAUGCCUGAUGGAGCUGCAAUAAUUCAACGAUAACCAUGGUGCGAAUGAUCUGGUGUAUUCAUAAUCCACCGUAUUAUCUGGACGGGAACCCACCUACCUGUGUGCCUAUGCCGCCUUACCAUUGCCAUUCCGAAAUUCCUCCAUAUUAAACGGCACUUCGACGAAACCAGACACAGUUUCUCCUAUCCUCAGAAUACGGAUAUUAUGUAAUUCAAAAUGAAACGGGCAUCUCGGGGUCCAAGAACCAGAAACUUGAGCAAGUGACGUCAGAAGCCGCCAAUCAUCCGGUCACACUGAACGGACUGCGGGC